CGUCACAAACUCAGUUGCGUUUCAGAUGCGAGUGAGGAUGGUGUGUGCGUAAGAAGACUCUUCAUUUUAGAUUUAAGUGGUUAAAGCUUCGGCUGUCUACGAUGGAGGAAGAACAAUUACUCAAGUGGAACAACCAUGGAUCGCACAUGCUACACGCCUUCAAAUUGCUGCGCCGAUCUGAUCGGUUUUCGGACGUGACGCUGUUCUCAGACGGGAAAUUCUUCAUGUCGCACAAGAUCGUUUUGUCGGCAUGCAGCGACUACUUCGACUCGAUGCUCGGCUUCGUCACUACCGAGAAGCCCAUCAUCUUCCUUGACCUGAACCCCCUGUUUGUGAGUGCCUUGUUGGACUACAUGUACAUGGGCCAGGUCCAGAUCAAGGCUUCGGACGUGUCUGGAUUCCUGGACGCUGCCCAGAAGCUCAAAAUCAAAGGACUUUGGAUUGACCCUAAAAAAGAUGAGGUGAACAACGCAGAUGACGACUUCCAGCGCAAGCUCCAACUUGGCUUGGUACACUCAGAGUUCCUGUCAAAUCAAUUCGCGCCAAGACCGCCACACCCGCUGGUGAACAACAACGUCAAGACCUUCAACCGACGUACCAGCAGAAGUCCUCCUUGUAAACGCAAGAGAUCCUCGCCUGUACUCAAAAAUGCCGCUACCGUGGCAGCUACCAUCACCACCGGCUGCGUUGACUCCACCACCACCGCCGACCACCCACCACCUCCGCCGUACCACGCCACCAACGCCGUCUUGUGCAGGUCCCCACCGCCUGCCUCCGACUUAACUGAAGACCGCAGGUCGGUUAAUGAGGAGAGGAGCGCUGACGAAGCUAACACGUCUGACGUCAACCCUCUACCGCUCGUCAAAAUAGAGAUGGAAGAAGGCAGCGCUACCGAAGAGGAGGAAACAACCAUCAACAGCUGCACCGCUGACAGUGGACAUCAACUCAAGAUGGAAGCUGAGGCCGAAAUCAAGGACCCUCUGGUCACCGACUCAGACGAAGGAGGAGCUACGGAUGCUGCUCCAGGUUCUUCAACUGCCGCUGCGUGCACCGCGAUCCAUGAAUAUCUGCAGCAGAAGCACUACCAGCCCAAGCAGGACGACGAGGCUGACGACGAUGGCGACGUGUCGAGCGACGAUGCUGACCUGCCUGUCCUCGUCGUUAACGAAGACGGCGUCGAUAUGGCACAGAAUUUCGAGUGCCCGCACUGCCAAGCAAAGUUGGCGAAUGCAAAUUUGUUGCGCCGCCACAUCGAAGAUUCGCACAAGCAGAUGCGUAAGCACUUCUGCACCACAUGCGACAAAGCGUUCAAGCGCAAAGAACACCUCGAACGACAUCUCCGCAUCCACACCGGCAUCAAACCCUUUAUCUGCACCAUUUGCCAGACCAAGUUCACACAAAAGGAGCAUCUGAAGGGUCACAUAGACAACGUCCAUUUGAAGAAAAAGACCGCCCUGCGCCGCAACGCAAAAAUAGCUCCAGCUGGGGCAUCACUCAAGUCCUUGAACACAUCAACGUCCGAGGCCCUAAACGUUGCACAGGAAAGCAAAUUUCUUUUGUCUAACGGUCCCAGGCCAGGAGCUUUCGCCAACGGCACCACCACCAGCGUUAAUGUUAUGGGCAUUCAGAACAACGACUCCUUCUCUCGUGGAGGAAAAAAUCCUCUCAUGCCGCGAACCAGCGAGUCUGGUAUGGAAGAGAUGAAUUCCCACGGAGGCUUGCUUGGUCGCAUGGUAGGUUCGAGUGGCGUGGUAAACAGCAUCGGCGGCGCUAUGAACUCCAACCUGUCCACGGCACUGAGCCUCUUGGCUGCCACUGCCUCAGCCGUGGCACCACACCUCAACACCACUUCCUCGAGCGAUGUGCAUGCCAAGGAUGAGCACCACUUACCUUCCUCUCGCGACAGUUCGCCUCCGUCGUUAACGUCACCGACGAGUCUCGCGAUGUCUAGAGGCACGCCGCCGCAUUUCAGCACACCUUCUUUCGCUGGCUCCAUUUUCCCCACACAUUCUUUCGCCAACAUCAUGCUUCCCAACAGCUCGAAUAGCACAACGCUUUUUUCCACCCUGGCUUCGGUGUCGCCUCUGAAUUCCGUCUUCACCGCCAACCUACCGAACACGACCUUCUCGACCUCCACUAGCGCAGCUUUCCCCUCGCAAGAGGAUGGCGCCAUCGUCAAAGAACUGCGCACCAACUCCAGCCCUUCAUCAAGGGGCUCAGGCCGGGGAAGAGGACGCGGGGUAGCUUUAGCUCGACGCAAGACGUCAAAGCUGCCUCGGAUUUCACUCGGACGUGGACCUGAACUGACUUCCCCUCCCGCCCUGUCUCCCUCACCGACCCCGACGACCGCGUCAUCCCAGAACAACGGAGGACCGUCUAACUUGCACGUCGCAGGCCCGCACGUCACUCCCGUCUACUCCCAUGUUACCCGCAAGUCGCUCUCGUCCCCUGAGAAGCAUAUCAAGAAGGUUGUUCUCAAGUACCUUUAGCUUGUUCGGUCCCUUGACGUUAGUUUUCAAUUACCAUUCAAUUAUUGUACGGUACAACGAAGCAGAGUUGCAAGUACCAUAAACUUGUUGUUAGUUGCCGAGAAGAAGGUUAUGUAGUAUAUAACAUAAAUAGAGGUCUUGUAGUUAUGUAAGCCGUGUCAACAAGAGUUGACUUAUUUUGAUGCAGUGCCCGUCAAAUUACUGUUAUUUGGUUGUGAGUAAAUUCCUCGUGUUGGAAUUCUUAUGUUGUUUCACGGAACCGAACGCUCCCUGCUGUGUUCUAAGCGUGAGAUGUUCACUGAUCUUAACUGGGGAAAGUGAAUGGCUUUUUCUUUCUUAGUUUAUCGACUACUUAUUAGCAGUGAGUUCUCAAUCGCCUAUUUUGCAUUGACAAUAACUAACUAUUUGAAGUUUUUCAUUAUUAAACAGCUAUUUAUUAUAAAGUUGACUUCAGGUAUGCUGUCCAUGUUUUCAGUUAAUGUCAUUUAAAUGACACAUUUCCCAACGUGACCACUUUCUAUUUUGUAUUGUAUUAUCCAAUAAGAACUUUUAUUUUAUGGGAACCCGUCCCUUCUCAGCCUGCAACUUGGACGCUUUGCGAUUGAAGGUCAGGGCUAUGGAAGGAAAUUCAGUAUGGGCGCGUCUCGAAUGCGAGCAUUAUUUAAUAUUUCCGUGACUAUUGGUUGCAUGUUUAUUGCCUUAAUCGUGAGAAGCUCUAUGGGGAUUACCUGAAUUAUUGAGGAGCGUGGGCAUUAGUUGUUGAAAUGCUAGUGACAGGCACGAGCGUGCUUGUUUUCUUGGUGGGAUUGAUGUUCAUAGCAUCUUACCCUUAUGAUUUUCUUUGUACUUAAUUUAACGUGGGUACUUAUCCGUAUUUUUUAAGUUCCUAGUUUUAAUUUGUGGUCAUUAUGAUUUUGCAUUUGAAGUAAAUUUCACAUUUGUACGUCCUCAAAAGCGUGUGUUAGGUCCAGGACGUUCACUCUUACACUCGAUAUGCACCUGCUUACAAACCACUUGUGUAUUUGUAUUUUUGUUAUUUACAAUCAGAUUAAGUUUCUAGAACAGCAACAUGCGAAGACAUCACAGUUAAACGUAAGAGUUUCUUGGGUCGGGAACCGAGGCAGCCUCGGUUGUCUCUCGCCCCCUCGCGUGCUCGUUGUGUGCAAUAUUCCGCGCCUUAGGUUACUCCGUCACAAAGUAAGAAGCAAGUUCAUCCAUAGAACUUGACUCUGUAUCACACAUUUUCCGCCUUCCUAGUUACUUGGCGAAAUAUUGCAAGAUUUAGGCCGCGUAAAAAUUCUACAUUCAAUGAAUCUCAGGCAUUUCAGAGUUACUAAUCGGAAAAAUUUGUACAACGUUCCUCUGUCAUCUGCAAUAUGUUUCUCUAUAAGUUUUAGGAUUUUUGUCUAAAAGUCGGUUCUGUACAGAAUUUUGUUCAGUAUUUCGAUUUGCCCAGAAAUUUUACAUCAUGGUUUACGUUUAUUUUGUCUCUUCCCAUAGCCGUUCCUUAAAUACUGUAAGCAUAGUAUUAACUGUUUUUUAAAUUAGCAUCUUAUUGUUGCAUCGAAUCUUCCGAGCAUUCCAUUGUUGUUUGUUUACCUCUCAAUUAAAGGUUAGACAAUAAGUGUUAACUCCGUAUAUAUAAUACAUUCCAAACCUUGUGAUGACCGUUACUCGUGCCUUCCUUUAACAACUUCUUGUUAACCUCAUGCUUGUUUGUUGCUGAUUUUGGUUAUUGCUUAACCUGACACUACGAGCGUUAUUCAUCUGUAAAUAUUGAACAAUUUCUUCCAAUUAUGAGCGAUGUCUGUGAGGUCGCUUAUAUUGCUGCUAGGCGUUUUACUUUCGCAUGCUCUCGAUGGAGCGUUUCAAUUGUAUUUUCUAUUUCGUAGAUUUAAUCUCGAUUAUACAUGAGAAAUAAGAGGCUGAUUUUUAAUCAGCACAAAACUGUUGGUUAAUUCAUGUAUGACCAACUAUGUGGACAAUGGCUUUAUAUAAAUUAACUCCCGUGCAGGCUCUGAGUUGAAAUAUUCCCGAGUUUAUCUGCAUUUGCUUGAAUCGAACUUUAGGCGGUUGAUGCAACUUUCUUCUUCUUGGCAACUUUUGAUAGUUUUUUUUCUGUUGUUUCUGCCAGCUGCUGCUGAGGACUAUUUAGAUUUUGCUGCAAUUCAAAAUUGUGCACUUCAAUUUUGCGUAGCAUUUUGUAUGCCCCGCUUCUAAUCUUUUUUGCUCCUUGAUAGUUAAUUUAAAUUGAUAUCGCCAUGUAUUUUGCAUACGCACACUCUCACCCUACAAUUCCCCUUUUAAUUCCAAUAUUUCUCUUUGAUGAAAUAUUUUUAAUGUGGAUCUAAACUAUGCUUAUUUCCUUUGUGGAAUGAUCGUUUGCAUAAAGAAUGAGUGGGUGCGUUAGAGGACGAGAGCCUCCAAAAGUUUAGCCUUUCAGCCAGCCAUUGAUAGAAUUCAGUGCACCAUGAAGUUGAUCAGCUGAUGGAAAAUUUUUGUUUACUUUAUGGUUUUCCCAACUUUUGGAUGAUACUCAUUAACAAGAUUUUUUGUCCUGUUAAUCGAGGUGUUGUAAAUAAUGUUCAGGGCACUUAUUCGAAUAGCAUUUGUUAAUAUAGUAGAUAGUGCGUACAUUCAGUUACCAAUUUAUUAAAGACAAUCUUGAUAUGUUCUUCGUCGAAUUUCUUUUCAUAAGUGAAAGAUCCGGUUUGUUGUGUGGUGUUUUCUGGAGAAUGCAUUAUGGUAGUGACUUGCCAAUAAAGCGUUCGCCUCGGAACGUCUCUAAUAUUCGCGGUUUCUUGUGUCAACAAUAAUCUUUAAUCUCAUUUGAUCGUCUAGUAAAUGGGGCAUUAUCGACACGAGUUAAAUUAUUUAAAUACUAACUAGUAUGAAUUUAUGUCUUGAUGGAAUGACAAUCGCAGUCCAUUUCUGACUACGGUCGUUAUGUAUUUUGCUUGCGACCAAGUCAGAUCUAUGAACGUGUUGAAGUGAGCGAACCGUGCGAACUCCUGCCAAGUGCAUGAGAGACGAUUGUCGCUUAGCUUUAGACAUUGCUCAAUCAAUGUAUUGAAAUUUCUCCAAUAAACAUGAAAACUCUGGA